AUUUCUAAUUUAAUGAAAAUUACAGUUAAACCUCGUCAAUAAAUCACACGAACAAUUUCUAAUUAAAAACAAUUCAUUUUUACCGGCCGAAAAAAAAUCCCCGAAUGAGCAUAAAUUAAGAUCGACGGUUAACGAAACCACACGAGUGUAUCGUAAUGUUUUUGUUUCGCCAGCGCCAACUACCUGUUGAACGGAAAAGAUUUCAAAGUAGUUGUAGCUGGAGUGUGGAUGUGGUGUAGAUGUUUUCAAAUUAACUGUUUGAUAAACCGGGACGUUGAUUUAAGUGACUUUUGUGCCUUUUUAUCAGUGAUAACCGCUUUUUUCCAUACGGAUUUUACCCAUUACCUGGAUUUGGCCACGACCACUUGAUUGUCUUCUUGCAGGCUGGCCAGCACGUGCCCUAAGCACACACCAAUCGAUCGCUAAACGUUUGGGUAAACCGGAAAGGUCAACAUGUCCAAAGGAGGAUUCUAGGAACGCAACAUGUUCGACAACCUCAUAACGCGAAUCACGAGUCCUUCGUCGAGAAGGCGGUACACUUAUCAUUGUCCAGAAGUGCAUUCUGAUCCGGAAGAUAACGAACCGGUGACGCCCCGAAAGCCCAGAUUGCUGGAAAGGAGGAAAAAAGGCCGCCGACAGGAAAAUGGACUGCGGCAGGCGAGGAGUCUCGGCCGCCUGGACGGACUCAAAGAGGCCGAGCGCUUGGCAGACUACGGUCGUUUAUUGGGGGGUUCCCAGCCGUCUCUGGAUGGGCGUCGGCGCGAUCUCGAUCGCAUCCAAGACUUAUUUCCCCACGAUUACCUCGGUUUACACAUCGCUGAGCCGAAUUCAACGUACCACGUGAAAAAAUCCUUCCGGAAGAAAUCACUCGGUGAUCUCAACCUUAUCGAAAACCACAACAGGGACACAUGCAACCGGCUGUUUCUGGUGGAGGCGCCGUGCACUAUGGCACCGCUCCACAUGCCACACAACGCCAAACCCAGGCAUCUCUUCCUCUUCUCCGACCUGCUCCUCGUCGCCAAACCGCGCUCCAACACCAGCUUUAAACUCAAGGAGAGCGUCCGAGUGUCGGAGCUCUGGAUCGCCCCUUGUCCCGACUCCGAGACGGGCUUCCUCCUGGGUUGGCCGUCACCAGCUCGCACCUACUUGGUCACCUUCUGCACGCAAGCAGCGCGCGACUCCUGGUGGCGCGAACUCCAACAAGCCCUCGAAGUCCAGCUGCGACUCGAGCCCCCAACGACCAACAUCAAGGUGGUGUUCCGCGACCCUUUAAGCGGCACCGAAUGCUCCAAAACACUAGGAGUUGGCCCCGAGAUGAAUUCUGGAGACGUGGCCCGAUUGGCGCUAGAUGAGUCCAGAAUUGGGGACUGGGCUUACACUUUAUAUGCCCGGGACCGGGACAACGCCCCUUGUGCCCUCAUCGGCUGCGAGCGCCCCCACAGCAUACAGCUGGCAAGGAUGAGGCAGUCGUUGUGCGCCGAAGAGGGCUUUGAUUUAACACAUUGUAAUAAUAAUCGGAUACCGAGUGAUAUCGUCUUUGAGCUCAAACCGAACAUUAAGCCAUCCCCGAGAAAAACCCCUUUGAAGCUGUUCCGUAAAACCACCGGCCGUUUGUUCGGAGUGGCUUUAUCCCGCCUUUGCACCAAUAACGCUCUCCCGCCUGCCAUCACCGCCUGUCUCCGGGCCCUCUUCCAGAGGGGCCCCCACACCCAGGGUAUUUUCCGGCGGUGUGCCUCAGCUCGUGCCUUGCGUGAACUCCGGGAGAAAGUUGAUACUCAAGGAGCUGCGGUUUGUGACGAAAUUUCAAACACACCAGCGCUGCUCCUUGCCGCACUCCUUAAAGACUUCCUCCGGAGUCUCCCGGAGCCACUCCUUACCGGAAACGCUCAAGAAUGGCUAACCGCGGCCUCUAGCGGCAGAACUGAUCAUUUGAGAAGACUCCUCAGUUUGUUACCUCGCGAAAACCACCUGCUUUUAGCCAAUGUGGUCUGCGUCCUUUACAACAUUGCUAAACGGGCGAGGUUUAACCUCAUGUCAGCGGCUAAUUUAGGUGUGUGUGUUGGCCCGAGUUUGCUCUGGGAAUCCGUCCAAAACGCCCCCUUGAGGACGCUGCCCACCCUCGUUGAGAUGUUAAUCAACAACUGCCAAAUUUUAUUCGGUUCACAAGUCGUUUCAUUACUUGGCGAAGUGGCGAAUGACAGCGGGGCCGAGGAAUCCGACAGCUUGCACUCUCUGGGUCUGUCGUUAGACAGUGUCGAGUUGAGCAAAGACCAGAAAUCGCUAAGUCGCGAUUCUGGCUUGACCUUGUCGGAGGACGACCGCGACAGUCCAGGCCUUAACUACAACAACCCCUCGUUUCAUCGCUCUGAUUGGGCGAGACAGGCCGCCAGAGUGCGCUCAUUGGACAACACCUGGAUCGAGGAAGACGAGGCGUUUUGCGCCUCGAACGAGAGUUUGUGUGGGCCCCCGAUACCGCCCCGACGGCCACCGCCCCUCAGACACCUGCCGCCGGUGCAUCUGCCCCCUAUGUACCGGCCGCCGCCGCCCCCGCCCCCGAUCUACGCCACGGCGAAGCUGCUCCUCGUCACAGACGCCGAAAGCGAAAGCUACGUCUAAAGUCUGAUGUAAAUAAAUGCAAUGUCGUGGACAUUGAUUGUAUAAGAAUUUUUCCAGUUUUUUUGGGAAUUUGUACAUUUUGUGAAGCCAUAUUAUCGUAAGUUAAGAAUUUUGUAAUUGCCAUGGUAUAGCUUACGCAUUUUUUUUAUAAAUCUAGAGUUAGUUGAAUUUUUUCAAACUAUAAUACCGAGAAUGUAUAAUCUUGAAAUAA